GGUCGGGAUCACGGACGAGAACCUGGCGUACUGGCAGCUCACGGCCAACCCCAGCGAGCUCGAGGAGGCGUCGCAGCUGCGGCCGAGCCAGCGACUCGCUGUGCGGCACAUCAGGAACCUGGCGAGGGAGAGCCACGCCAAGGCCCUGCCCGAGCUGAAGAACAGGGUGACCAGACUUGGCUUCACGGAGGUGGACGUGAAUCACCGAACGCGUGUCGCCGAGGGUAGCCUCCAAAGGGGGGCUGUGCGUGCGCGCCCGGGAGCCUUGUCGGCGGAGGUUGACCUGCACAUGGCCCUGGCCUGGGUCCGCGAGUUGGCGCCGAUGAUCGUCCACGUCAACCUGGAGAAGCUCGGCGAGUUCCUCCUCAAGGACUCGCACUACCGGAACCAGUUCGAGACGAACAGUUCCGGCGGCCUGCUGAAGCCGGCGGCGCGCGUCAAGUGGGAGCGGGGCCUCUUCGGCACGGCCUACAACGAGGAGACCCCUGGCAGCGAGCGCCCGAAGUACGGCGUGCAGAACAGCUUCGGAGGGGGGCCUGUCGGGAAAGCGGAGGCGGCAGCUGUCCGUAUAUGGGUCUCCCGUAAUUCCGAAUUAUGAGAAACCCAUCUCAGGAGGGAACGGAACACACAGACACAAUUAAUCGUCGACUCCCAGGAAAGUGUGGGAAUACAUGGGAUGUGGGGGGA